UCGAAAUCCAACGUCCUCUCAAUGCUCGAACAAACAGAAUAGAAUGGGAAUUCUCUGUUUGAAUCCAUCAAUUCAAUUAUUUCGAAACAUUCCCCAAAUUCUCGCCAUCGGAAAUACGAAAUUCAAAGCAAUCGCUGCUCGUUUAAACUAUUCCCAAACUACAACGACGGCAGAGAAUCUACAACAGCAGCUGAAUCUCUCCGUUCUGCGCUUCACUCUCGGAAUUCCUGGGUUGGAUGAAUCGUACUUACCACGAUGGUUUGGGUACGGGUUCGGGUCGCUAUUGAUCCUGAAUCACUUCGCUGGUUCUGAUGCAGCGUCCAUCACCCCUGCACAAAUGAGAACAGAAGCACUGGGUCUCUCUUUAGCUGCAUUCUCCAUUGCCCUUCCUUACCUUGGAAGAUUUCUCAAGGGCGCUACUCAGGUGGAUCAGUCAACUCUUCCUGAAGCUGCUGAACAAAUCUUUGUCUUGUCGCAAAAUAUCUCAAAUAGCGAGAAGAACGACUUAGCUUGGGCAACAUAUGUUUUGUUACGCAAUACGAACACCAUUUCUGUUUUGAUUUCAGUUCGAGGUCAAUUAUGUGUUCGUGGCUACUGGAACACUCCAAAUGAUAUAUCAAAAGGUCAAAUACUUGAUUGGUUUCAGCGACAAAUUGAAAAGAUUGGCCUCUCUGAUAUAAAUGACACUCUCUAUUUUCCUCAAAGCACAGAUUCUGGACUCGGUGAGAUGCUUCCAAAUGGGACUCAAUCUCUUCUGGUUCAACCAGUGCUUCAUCAUUCUGUUCCAAGUGCCAAGAAAGUAAAAAAAGUCGAAGGGUUUUUCUUGCUGGCUUCAAGUAUGGGGUAUGCGUAUAGUGAUAAAGAUAGAGCCUGGAUAAAAGCAAUUGCAAACAAGUUUGAAGGAUCAAGCGGAUUCUCUGACAAAUCAGCAGACAUGAAUAAGCUCACAUCGAUGCGAUGGUAAUUGAUCUGGCCAAGGUUGGAGAGGUUGUUGGCUAUCUGGACUGCAUCUGCUGUUGGAAAAUCCUGCACAACAGUGAAGUUUUAGUGUCUUCAACGAUUCGUGCAAGGUUUGGGUAUCUCUCUAAAGCUAAGGGUCAUUCACAACUUUUACAACUCAUACAAUCGAGAGUUUUGAUGAAUCUAUGUUGUUAUAUAUUUAGGCAUACAUGCAGCUAAUGAAGUUGGAGAAAGUACAACAAGGGCAAGUGUCUGCAUAUUAUACUAUUUUUAAAUUAUGGAAUGAUUAAUGAAAUGUUGUUUUUGCCUUUUUAAGACUUUAGAGGAUAUUUGACUUGGAAAUAUAUGAGAUAAAAUCCUAAUAAGAACUCGUAAUCUGGUGAUGGCCCAUCAUUGGAGCAAGAAAAGGAUUUACAAAGAAAAAAUAAUCGUACAUUGCUUCUUCUUUUUCUUUUUUUUCCUAGUUCUUACAUCAAAAUGUUGGUGUUUGGGCAUUGAUACAUGUGUAAGACAAAUUACAUGGAAAUCGAAGACCUGCUCUCAAGAUUAUCUUUUUGUACAGUAUGCAACAAUGGGGUGAAAUGAAUUCGAGCAUUCUUUCUA